AUGUGGGCCCGAUCUGUAAGAAAUCAAUGUCAUCAACCUAUUUUCACAAUAUAUAAAUAGAAGCAUUUCUACUCUCUAUACACUAUUUGCAGAUCAACAUACCGCUGGGAGUCUUCCUGCAACUUAUCUUACUUUCUGGCGAAAACGGUCUUCAAUAGCUUCGUGGCCCUUCUCCGUGUUCACAUAUCAAAAUCUUCACAGAAGUGAAGCUGGUAGACUCUGUACCAUGGCUGCUUGUAUCUUCUUCCUCCUGAUGUUGAUGGUGUGCCAUUCCUACGCGCAGACCUGGCCAUCUGGUACCUACGGUCUUCCUAAACCUUUGACUGGGUGUCCAUCUGGCUGGGUUGACGGGCGUAGAAAGCAUGAUACUGAGGACACAAGUCCAAAUAACAACUGGAGUGACCCUCUUAAUCUGGCUGGUUAUCAAUAUAGCAGCAGCAUGGAGCAUGAAUUCUGCAUCAAGACCUCUACUUCUGGUAGCUCUGGUUGGCCAGCAGGAGAGUACUGCAUCUAUAAAUAUGGAUCUUGUCCAUCAGGAUUCCAGGAAAAAUUCGUUUAUUGGGAUGAUGAAGACAGCAGUAAUGCGAAUAGUAGGAGUGGCACUCUACCUGAUGGCGUUUACGACAAUAACACAAAGUACAGGUUCUGCUGCCGAAAUGACGGUGAUACCUCGCAGGCCAUCUCUCUUCCAACGGGAAACAAUUUCUAUCUUUUCGCCAUAAAGGCUACAUGUCAGCAGGUUAAUGGUAUGGAUGUUACUCUGGAGUAUUUUUAUUGGGAUAAUGAGGAUUCUAGUAAUGCAGACGAUGAAAGUUCUGGUACCAACACUCCCUAUCCAGGUGUUAUACUUGGGGGAAUAAAGCUGAAUUUCUGCUACUACCAACCUGCAAGUACCCAGACCUGGCCAUCUGGUACAUACGGUCUUCCUAAACCUUUGACUGGGUGCCCAGCUGGUUGGCUUGAUGGACGUAGAAAGCAUGAUACUGAAGACACACAUCCAAAUAACGUCUGGAGCGAUUCUCUUCACUUGGCUGGUUAUCAACAAAGCAGCAGCAUGGAACAUGAAUUCUGCAUGAAGACUUCUACUUCCGGAAGCAUUAACUGGCCCGCAGGAGACUACUGCAUCUACAAGAAAUUGGCGUGUCCAUCAGGUUUCCAGGAAGGUUACAUUUACUGGGACGAUGAAGAUAGCAGCAAUAGCAAUACUCAGAGUGGCACUUUGCCCGAUGGGGAAUACGACAAUAACACAAAGUACAAGUUCUGUUGCCGAGAUGACGGUGUUGUCUCACAGGCCAUCACCCUCCCUACCACAGAUAACUUUUAUCUCUUUGCAGUGGGAGAUACUUGUCAGCAGGUGGCUGGUAAGACAGUGAUCUCAGAAUGGUUCUACUGGGAUAACGAGGAUUCCUCUAAUACUGAUAGCCAGUAUGGUGAACAUCCAUAUCUUGGUGUGACUGCUAGCGGUGAAAACAUCAAGCUAACCUUCUGUUACUACAACUAGCAAGAAGCCACCGCUAUUGACACAGAACCUGAGCCUGUUUUACCAAGAUGACGACAAAAUGACGAUGAUUAAUAAAGUUUUUUUUUAUUAACUUUUGAUAAUUGGUGUAUGGCCUUUGUUAUUGAUAACCAUUUUUUCUCUCUUAUUUUAAAAUCGUUCUUAUAUUAGUCAAUGAAUAUAAUCAUUUUGGCAUUACCAUACUAUAUGUGACUAUAUAAUUAUGUCUAGUCACACUUCUGAUAUAUAUUCAGAAAUAACUAUGUUCUUGAAUAGUAAAACACGACUAAAAAAUAGAUAAAUACGACUAGAGUAACAGUUGCACCCAGCUGAUCAUAUCAACUAGUCCUUUUUUACUGAUUUGUUUUUAGAGUGUUCGACUCUAAAAGUACAUCUUUAUAUCCUAACUUAAAUACUCAAAUAGGAUGGCGAUGCUUCUAUCGAAAAUUCUACACAUUCAUCUUAAUUUAUAUAACUUCAUACUUUAUUACCCCGGGGUAUUAAUGUUGUGAAAUAUUCAUAGUUAUAGAAGAUUUUCAAACGUGACGAUGUUUCUAGUUUCACAUGUCAUAUGAAAAUUUGUAGUUAUGAUACCAUUAAGCCGUCAUUUAGAGAAUCUGUCCGAUCAAGGCUUAUAUUGUGUAAAACACCUUUUAGGAAACAUGAUCUGUUCUGUGACGUGUGUACGAUUUCUCAUAAUACAUAGUCAUUACCAAUGAUGAGUGGUAUGGUCCCCCCCCCCCAUUUUCCUUGUAGUUGGACUGUCUUAUCUUCUUAAUUGCACACACUCCAUUUUCAAUGCAAAUGAAUUAAGCUCCAACAAAGUAACUGAACUCCUUGAACUACAAUUUAUGCAAAUGGGGGUGUUUGAAAUAUUAUUAGAUAUGUAGGCGAGUGAAUAUUACAUUCACGUUGAACAAUAAUUUUAUUAUCACUUACGAUUAUAGCCCGAGUACCCGAAAAAUAAUGAUAUUGUAAUGCCCAUUUUUUCUUUCUUUUCUUUUCUUUUUUUAAAAUAUCAUGUAUGAAAAGAAGGAUAAUCUCAAAAUGAUAUUUGAAAUUCUCAGAUACAUUUCUUUUCAUAUACACUGUAAAUGAAAAAUAUAAUGCUUUGAACAAUUGGUUGAAGGUUUCUAUGUUAAAAUUAGAAAUAAUAAAAUAAUGCAUUGGUGUUAGGAAUGGAAAUGUAUGUUUUGUUUUUUGAUUGUGCAAAUCUUAUACUCCGUACUUGAAGUAAUCUUAAAUCUCUUUCUUGUAUUCCUCAUUUUAAUUUUCCUCCUGCUCGUUUUCAUUCUUCUUCUUGUUUUUCUUAAUGGGAUGAGAGCGAGAUCGAUGAAGUAAGCAUCGAAAGAAAUGAUAUCAAGGAAAACAGGUUGAUGAAUUGAUAUUUAGUUAUAGUGCGAGAGAAAGGGGAGAGGGCAAGAUAAUGAGAGGGACGAAGCGGAGGGGGUGAAUUCUCUUGCCCCUGAUUUCAUCUAUACACAACUCUUUAAUCCAUUCAACAAAUUCUUACCAUCAGAGGCGUCCUUCCAUAUUUCUUCAAUUUUCUACGCGCCAAAUUAUAGAACAGAAUUUUGCGCGCUAAGCUCGUCGAAAAAUUGUCAAUGUGUGUUUGAUGAUAUUGUCAAGCUAGUACUUUCCAAUGUUUUUAAAAACAAUUUUGCCUUGAUUUAUCACAUUUUAUUU